GGCAAGUUAACGACUUGUUUACUGGGCGUUUUUCUGCCGUUUCCAUAACGUUAACGCGACGUUUUUUGUGUUGACCGUUUACUGGAGAUUAACUGGCCGUUAACGGGCCGUUUUUUUGGACCUGGGUAGUUAUUUUCAUUAUGAUAAAGGUGGUUUAUAUCUUAUUAUCUGUUUUGAAAUUCUUCAUCUUAUAAAAAGAUGAUUCAAAUAUUAAUUAUUGUUCUUAAUUGUCCAUCUUUUAGCAUAAGUUUUUCUUUCAUACGUAUAUACGUAUAUAGUGGCUAUAAUGUUUUUCAUAGUGCAUAGUUGUGUUGUGCAGAGAGAUGCAUUUAGGUUGGCCACACACCAAAAAAGCAACAACAACGACCUAUCCAUCCAUUAUAGGGUGCUGUUCUCUGCCUACUACCGAUGAAAACGGUUAACUUCUUUUAGCCAGAUAGAAGAGUGAGUGGUAAACAUUUACUUAAAAUAUAUUCAGGGAACAAAUAUGAUUGACAGAAAAUCAUGAGCUGAAGAUCUUUUUCAGUUAAAUUAGAGACAGUUAAAGGAUAAAAGGACUUUGUCAAGCAUGUUAAUUAAACAUAAAGGUAUGACAAACGGUUAAUUAUAUUUAAUAGUUUCGAAAAUUGUUUUCUGAACUGAAUUUGCUAACAGGAACGAAAGAAAACUUUCAGUCAGAACAGAUUAAGGUAAUUCAGUACCAUCGAAGAUUCACUUGGACGACAUUAGUCUGGUUUAUUCAAAACCAGAAAAAAGUUUUGUUUACUUCAAAUUAGCAAAUUCACUAUUUUUCUUUCAUUGCUGUAUUAGCACCACUAGUGGAACUAUCUUAUAAUGUUAGUCGCUUGACUGUUCAAAUGUUACUUUUUAGUCUAUUCUUUAACGGUCACUCCACCAAUUUUGAGAUUUGCACGUUGUUGAACAGCCCAAAAUGUCUGUUUUCGAAUACACCACAGAUUUUUGGUUUUUCAGGAGAUUUGAGAGGUUCUUCAGAAGACGCUGGUGAUAGCAGAAGAAUCGUUUUGUCCUCAAAAUCACUUUUUUAACUUAAAUCUGUCACCAUUUACAAGAUUUCUCCUCUAUUUUAAGCUCCAAAAAGCUCAGUUUAGUCUCAAAUCAGCGAGAAAACUCAGCACUACGACAUAGCAGAGCCUCAUUUUUCAUUUAUGUCUUAGAGAUAGAAAAGCUAUUCCGUAAAACUCUCCCAUAUUCAGGUUUUCGAACUAAACUAUUAGAGACACGAAAAGGAACAAAAAUUUUAAACAUCAGGCACUGCUGUGCCAUAGCGUCACGUUUUCUCUUUAAUUUAAAACUAGUCCAAAAUUUCUAGAACUUAACAAAAUAGAGAAAUCUUGUAAAUGGCAAGACGCAUUUUUUACUCUUGUGUCUGGAAUAACUUCGAGAAAACUCACCAUUUCAUGGUGACAUUUGUAUUGUGAACGUACCUUCAUAAAGCUAAUAUUCUCUUUAAAUAUGGUUGAGAUCGAACAUUUCACCUCAAAAAUAGAUUUUUGAAUGGGAGUCCGUUAAUACAUUGAACUUAUUUACGGUAACAGUAUCUCAUAGGCACCACUUGAAAGAUAAAAUUUUGGCGCGAUAAACCAUUCUCUUCGACUGAAGUUCAGUGAAAAUUACUUCUAGUACUGGCUUUUGUAAGACAACAUGUUUUCGUUUUGUAUAUUCUUCCAGAACAUUGUAGAUCUGUACGCUAAUUUCAAUAUUUUUUGUCAACUAUUAGUAGUUUUAGAUGGAUAAACUAAAUCAACUAUUAAAAGAUUUAGAGUUUGAAGAAAGUGAGAAUAUUGAAUGGGAAAAAGAAUGUCUACAAUCAAGUCAAAUUAUUCAGCUAAUUUCAAUUAAAAAACAUCAAGAUAAACAAAAAUAUAUUUCCACACUAAGAAAAUCAUUUAUAAAUGCUAUACGUCAAUACCGUACAGAAGAAUUUUUGCUUAAAAGUCAAAAUUUACUUAAAAAUAAACAAUCAGUGCUAUUAGCAACGAAAAAUUCAGACGAAAUCAAAGAGACAAUGGAAACAUUAAAACAAGCAAAAAUGCAAUUGGAUAACGAUUUUCAAGGUAUUCGCGGUAAACAAAUUCGUUUACAGUUUAAAAAUUUAGAUUCAAAUGAUUCAAAUAGAACAUUUGACAUUUUAAUUGAAUCGGUUAAUCAAAACGGAUGGAAAAUUAUUGAAUCAUGUCCCGAAUUUCCGUAUUAUACCCAAUUGAAUUCUGUUAUGCAACGUCAAGGUUUAACAUCUGAACAUGUUGUUAUAAUUAGAAAAUGUAUUCAAAAACAAUUAGAAAAAUAA